GAGAAUUUGUUUUUUGUGGCUGGAAGUGGACACGUGUGACGUUUAAUUUAUAACGGAGAAGGCUUUGAGGGUGUGAGAUUUGAUGUAAGCUCAGAAGGCUUACUAGUGGUGAGCCGAGUCGAAGAGGUAUGGAAUGAGGACUGGAUUUGAUGGUGGGUCAUUGUGGCUGUGGGCUUUGAAAAAAACACUUGCGGGUCAAUUUCCAAAAAAAAUAUUUCUGAGUUACGGGGGGAAAAGGAAAAAGUUGGCAGCACUAGGAUCGCAACGAAAGCCCUACCCACUUUGGCCGUAGCAAACGGGGCUCUCGCGUCUCCUUCCGUGAAUCUCGUUGCCGGCGUCAGUUGCGUAGGUCUGGGCGCCGUAGCACGGACGCAGCGGAGGUCUGAGGUGGUGUUGCAGCCGUGGUGUCCAGCGGGGGACGUGGGUGCGUGUGAUCUGAGGCCGAGGGGUAGGACGACUUCCUUGCGCGAGGUCCCGACGCUGAAGGAUGCAGUGAGCCGUACGUGCCGUCUGAUGCGGAGAUCCGGCCGCCGUUCCACGGAAAAGAAGGCUGUGGAAGGUCCAAGGAAACAAAACUCUGCCGCUGAAACAACGCAUUUCCUGUCAGAUCUCAGUUUUUAUCUGAAGAUUGUCACUUCUCCCCCGAUUUGGGUUCUCGCGGUUGGUGGACACUGAUACAGUUCAAAGUCAGGCUAGAACUGUGAACCGAUAAGUCCGAUGGAUUUCAAUGGGAUUUUUGGAGCUGAAUUGGAAGAGUCGGAUGACAACAGCUCCGAUGGAGACCGUGGCUGUUAUUAUGCGAGUGACGAAGAAGGGGACGAGGAUGAAGGUGACCCAACAGGAUGCAGAGAAGAUGAAAAUGGUAACCUCUCAGGUGGUGCCAGUCAUGCCGGGGAUGAUGGGAAAAGUCGUCCAGUUGUCGCAGAGGAUUUUAUGGGCAGAGAGUUUGUCGGGGAGGAGGAUGCCUAUCUUGCUUACAAGGAGUUUGCUAGAAUGAGGGGUUUCGGGGUCCGCAAGGGCGAUGUGGGGCGUGUCGACGGGGUUUUGGUCAGGAGAGACUUUUUCUGCCAUCGACAGGGCACAAGACAUGCUAAGCACUAUGAUCGUCCUGAGCGAGUUAGGGAGGAGAGGUUGGAGAGUCGAACCGACUGCAAGGCGAAGUUGAAGAUUUUCUAUGAUGUGCAACGCAGUGUGUGGAAGGUCAGGAGCAUCUUCGAUGAGCACAACCACGAGCUUGCUCCGGCCAUGUUUUCACACCUCGUACCUAGCCAUCGCUCGAUGAGUGAUGGUGACAAAGCACAAGUUGAUAGCAUGAAGCAAUUUGGUAUACCAACUGCGAAGAUAAUGGCUUACAUGGCUGGUCAAUCUGGAGGGUAUGGAAUGCUGCGAUUUACAAAGCGUGAUUUGUAUAAUUAUAUACAUGGUCAAAGGCUGGCCCGAAUCAGUGAUGGCGAUGCUGCAGCAACGAUCAGUUACUUGGAGGGCAAGGCGAAUGCCGACAUGACGACUGUAGCACAUUACACGCGAACUGCCGAUGAUCGGCUGGGGAGCCUUUUCUGGGUCGACGGUGAAAUGAUGACCGACUAUCAGUUAUUUGGUGAUGUUAUGGCCUUUGAUUCGACGUAUCGGUCUAAUAAGUACAAGAAACCGCUUGUAGUGUUCUCUGGGUCAAAUCACCAUAAACAGACAACCAUUUUUGGAUUUGCGCUCCUGGAGGAUGAGGAAGUUCGUACUUACCGGUGGCUGCUGUUAAAUCUUGUAGAUGUAAUGGGAGAGAAGACUCCGUGUGUUGUUGUCACGGAUGGGGACAAAGCGAUGCGCGCAGCCAUCGCGGAGGUGUUCCCGGCAGCAAGGCACCGGCUGUGUGGGUGGCACUUGGAGAAAAACUGUGUUCAACGGGUUAAGGAUACGGAGUUCCGAAAGGUUUUUAAGAAGGCUAUGUAUGCGAACUUCGAGGUGGAGGACUUCGAGGAAUAUUGGAAGACGGCGGUGGAGUCACUUGGCCUACAAAAUAAUAGUUGGGUUCAACAAACAUACGAGGUUAAAGAAAGUUGGGCAACAGCAUAUCUCCGGGGCACUUUCUGUGCGGGAUACCGAACAACCUCAAGGUGUGAGGGGAUUAAUGCAUACAUAAAGGGGUUCCUGAAAUCCACUGAUAGCAUUUUGGAGCUGGUGCACAGCUUAGAUCGCGUUGUAAAGGUUUAUCGAAACAACGAAGUCACGGCGCAGUUCUAUUCUACGUACUACAGCCCCGUGUUAACAACCGGGCUUGACUCUAUCGAGCUUUUUGCAUCGAAGCUGUACACUCGAGCAGUUUUUAGAGAGGUCAAGAAACAAAUCAGGGGUGUUGCAACCUUGCUGUUUCGUGGGAGAGACAGCAUCAGCACCACGGUUGUCUACAAGUUUUCAAGGAUGGGCGCGCCUGGUAGGAUUCACAAGGUUUUAUUCGACCCAGAUGACAAGAAAAUUCAGUGCGACUGUUCGAUGUGGAAUAGUGAGGGUAUUCCAUGUAGUCACAUAUUCUGCCUGAUGAAGUACGAGGGUUUGGAACAAAUACCGGACAGCCUUAUUGUGAGAAGAUGGUGCAAGGAUGCAAAGGAUUCCAGACGGAUGCCGGUGACAAUGAGACCUGGAGAUGAAGGUCGCAUGCUUAGGUAUGCCGCACUUUCUUCGGCCACAAGCUUGGUCGCAACACUUGGUUCGGAUGAGCGUGAAGACUUCGAAUUCGCUAAGGAGAGCAUCGCGAGUCUAAUAGAUAAGCUACGUCACAGAGUUUAUGAAAGGGCAGGUGGUCAGCCAGGUAUGUCGGGGUGGAAAGCGAUGAAGGACCCGGUUGUGGCAAGAACAAAAGGUGCCCCUAAGAGGAAAAGGAGUUCGACCAAUGUAGUCAACCCGACGUGCGAGGGAAGAGGCGUUGCUGCACCAAAUGUGGCACACCCGGGCAUACCAAGAGGACAUGCAGCGGGUACUGUGCACGAGGGGUGUCCGGGAUUGGUAAUGGGGUCUCCCCACGGAUGGCAACGGUUCGCAUGACGGCCCUGCAGCCGCUUCAGCGUCUCUUCCGACCGAGCUCGGUCAUGCGUAUGAGGUAAUAUAAGGAAACAUCAUUAGGCCCAAAUGAAUGUGUUGCUUCUCAGGUUUCACCUCUGUGUGAAAUUGUGGAAUUAGUUUCCUGGAUCAGAUCACACCGCAAACCUUAGUGUUGUUUUACACUGAAAUAUUUAGGAUCAAACCUCGGGUCACGGCGAAGCUGGUCUGAAUAACGUGUCUACCUCAGCGGCAAAUACAUCCUCCAUGGUGAGUCGGAGAGGUAGUCCAUGUUGGCGUCCUCCGUUUUCUGGCGGGGGAAGUGGGGGGAACUUCUUCCUUGGGGGCCAACACAUCCACCAAUUCUAUGCAUCCCAACCUUGCUCCGGGCACCAAAGCGAUCCGCCGCCGCACGCCGGGCACGGGAGUAUGUCAACUCCGAUGAGGGCUAUGAAUGAGGACUUGUUUGAACGGUGGCUGCUCCAGAAUGUGAUGGGUCGUCGCUCGUCGAGCAAUAUGCAGGGGUUUCCCACGCGUGGAACUUGAUGUUAAGCUGGGGGAUAACACAUACCGAAUACUUUGUGUCUUGCAAAAAGUUAUUAUUUUCGGUAAGGUCUGUCUUGCUAAGUGGAAGCUGCAGAUUUCACUAGUGUGUGCUCUGUUUUUCUGAUUUAUUGUAACUACAUUUCUAGUGUCUUGCUGGUGACAAAUUGAAGCAUUAUUUGAGGUUUUAGUUGGGUUUGUUUAAUUUUGUCUCCGGAAUAGCUUGGCCUAUACUCAGUUUCUCACUAUGUUCGUAGCUCCCAUUGUCUGCAUAAUUAUGGCCAGAUGAUGUUAUUUGCUUCGUUGAUGAAGAUGGAGAAUCUGCUUUCUUAGUAGAAGGACUGGCUGCUGAAGGCUUUGUCUGAGUUCCUGUAGGCUUUGAAGUUGAACUUGUUUGAGUAAAUUUAGGCUCUGAACUUGAAUGAAUUUCUUGGUGUUGCUAUUUGGAAUAUCUUAGCUGUAGGUUGCAUAGAUGUCUUUUUUUUUUGGUAAAAUGCAUCGAUGUCCUUUUUGUGCUGA